AUGCAUUUCAAUGAGUUUGCAUGCACUUUUGACAAGGUGUUUGAAUUUCUAAAUUACAAGAAUAUAAACGUUCAAUGUGACUCGCUGCUUGAUUUCAUUACUCCUGGUUUGUAUUAUUAUAGCAAAAGUGGCUCAAACAAGCUGGUUUUGCCUAUUUUGAGCAAAAUAUGUUGGUGCUAUAUUCAUCACCACCAGCUCGACAUUAAUAUCCUUCUAAACAAGCUUCCAGAGUUUAACUUUGAGUGCCACUCCAAGCUACAGUAUUCAGAAGCAUGGUAUCUUAAUGUGGCGCCAAUCAAUUGCAACGAAAAGGAGGAUAUGCCAAUCAAUUGCAACGAAAAGGAAGAACUUGCAUUCAAUUCCAAGGGAAAAGACACCGUUACAUUCAAUUCCCAGGGAAAAGACACCAUUACAUUAUAUUCAAACUUUUUGGGACAAAUACAGUCCUUUUUCACCACUUACCAAAAAAUCAUUUCAAGUGAUUGUGACAUUCUUGCAAAAUGCGUCGAUUUGAUCAAGCUAACUCCUGAUGAAAUCGACAAGACGUGGCUAAGUAGAGUUCUUUGUGCAGAUUUCUUAAACACUUGUGCAAAUAAUCGAGAGCUGCAUCCUGCUUAUUCUUAUAUCAAAGCACUCAUCAAAGUCAAUCGCACAAUAUCGUUGGCAGAUUCCCUCAAGUUUAUAUUACAGGUACUUGACCAAGGUUCAAUUGAGCACGUAUCAACAGCAAUAAUAACCAAACUAGAGCUUGCAACAACAAAGAUUCUCAAGUCUUCAAAAACAAACGUUUAUAGCACUUUUAACAAUUUGCAUUCGAGAAUCUCAAUUCUUACUGCACUCAGUUAUCUCAAUUACCUACUAAGCGAUACCAUAAUUGAACACUACAUGGACAAGAUGCCUACCUCAAUUUUUACAAAUUUCAAAUCAUUCAAGUUGCCACCUUUGGCCAAACCGCAGGAGUAUACAACGAACACAAACAAUACCGACGCUUAUGCUUAUGUUGCAAAUUAUGAAAAAUUAUUCAUCUUGCAGUAUAGAGUUUUGCAACUAAUUGAGCAAUACGUUGAAAAUGAGGUCAAAUACAUGGAGAUGAAAAACAAUUCGAGUAUAAAGAUUUACAAAAAGUCACGAGCAGUAUUAUAUGAGACUUUAUUUGCCAGCUUAAUAUCGAGUCUCAUCUCGGCAGAACAAUUGGAUAAUGAUAAUAAUGACAAUAAUGGUGGUGGUGGUGGUUUUGGUCUUGUAAAAUCGCGCCACGCUUACUUCAUUUAUACCAUUUUCGCUAAAGUAUUCAGUUUACAACGAGAAGAGAGAGCAAAUCUCUGGGUCUUUCUAAUCAACAGUGCCAACGAUAUCUGCUAUGGGGAUUUGAGAUACAUUCCAUUAUUUAUAAAUUUGUUUCAUAACCAAAUAAAUAAGGACCCCAGAAUCAUGGAUGACAAUUUAGUCCGCAGUGGGCUUCAGUUUUUCAUUGACACUUUUAAACCAAAUCAUGAAUGGUCCAAGAUGUUUACUGAGGAUAUAUCCAAUCAAACUCUCAAUGCUACUCUGUUUAGGCACAUUUAUGAUAGCUAUACGAGUUAA